AUGGCUGAGCAAAUUCUUGCGUAUUUCAAUGGCAGAUAUUUGGAAGAGAAGAAGAAACAUCGAGGUAUCCUGAACAGUGAGGGCCAGGUGGUGCAAGUGUGCAGCGAAGAGUAUCUCGUCACUCUUAGCCUUGAGAUCCUCCGCGCUAAGGCGUUUCCACUUGUGAAGCUCGUCCGUCCCCUCGAUGUGGAUGAGCAAAUCCGGCGUCUCAAGUUUUCGAGCAAAGAGGUUCUGAGACUUCUCCGCGCCCCCGACUUGUUUCCCUCUGCGGGAAGUAGGGCUAGAUUCGCUGCAAUCCUAGCUCUGGAUGCCAAUCUGCAAUUCGUGCAGGCAGUGAAGGAGCUCUUGGUGCGGGAUAUAGCUAGAGACGUCAACUCUUUUUACCUUGCCUGCGCCCGGCCCAUGUAUCAGCAUGGCAGCAAGGGGUGGGAGAACUUCUUACUCAACAUGGCACCUGGUACACCAAUCGGGCUCAAUCGUACGGAGACUAUACCAAAGUCUUCUUACCAAGUCAUUCCGAUUGGUGGAAUAAGAAUCAUCGGGGAUGCCCAUCGUGAGGAAGAAGCGCUUGAAAGAUGGAUCUCAGAAACUCCUCUCCCUGUGAGCACGGCUCCGGCGGCGACAACGAAACUGCUUGACUUUGACAAUCCAGAUGAGCAACAGCCAAAUCCGAGCUUAAUGCUCAGCCAGCAAAGUUACAGUAUGACCUUUCAGCCGAAUCCAUACAGAGAGGACCCGACUCUCCGGUACGAUGUCUCAAGUCACGGCCCCGAGCGAUUGGAAGAUUAUGUCCCCACCAUCGGUCGUUUGGAAGCCGGUAUUAUGGGAGCCUUGCCAGCGCCUCAGAACCCUCCGAGGAACUGCGACUUCGGCGUCCCCACACAAUUAAUUGAAGAUGACGAGAGCAUGGCAGUGGGCGAGACUGGUAGCAAGACCAACGAAGCUACAGAGGAUCAAUCCAAGGGAAAAAUCUGUGUUUCCCAGUUCUUGGGCCAAGAGCGCACGCACUUCCCCAGUCGCGUCCGCCACGGGAACCAAGGCUCCAUGUCUGUGGUUCUGCCUGCAGGCCAUGACGAGGUCGAACGCGACUACACCAUCAAGAUGUCCAAGUUCAAGGACCUCAGCGAGGCAGACCAGUUUGGAAGAGACGUCAAUUCGGUGUACAGCGACGGUCCCUGGAUGCGCCAGACCUGGUCGUCGCUGGCAUCGGAGGAUUUUAUGAAUGCGCUGGUCGACUGGGACGGCAUCAGAGAAGACGUCAAGCUGGUGCACGACUCGAUCAGUCCGACUCCCGAAGAGCUCGAGACUCUGCACUUUGACAGCAAGGCGGAGCGAGCCAGAUUCCAGAAAGAGCUCGACCGCAUCCUGUGGAUGUUGGAGUGA